AUGUUUAGAAAUACUUUCCAGAGUGGGUUUUUAUCCAUCCUAUUUAGUGUUGGGACAAAGCCUCUGCAGAUUUGGGACAAAAAGGUUCGUAAUGGACACAUCAAAAGAAUUACAGACAAUGAAAUUCAGUCACUGGUUUUAGAAUUGUUAGGAAGCAAUGUUUCAAACACUUAUAUAUCUUGUCCUGCAGAUCCUAGAAAGGCAUUGGGCAUUAAAUUACCUUUCUUGGUGUUAAUUGUAAAAAACCUGAAUAAGUACUUCACAUUUGAAAUUCAGAUCCUUGAUGACGAGGGUGUCAAAAGACGUUUCAGGGCCAGUAAUUACCAAAGCACGACUCGAGUGAAGCCAUUUAUUUGCACUAUGCCUCUCCGUUUGGAAUCUAAUUGGAAUAAUAUUUAUUUCAACGUUGCAGACUUUACGAAGCGCGCAUACGGAACCAACUUUGUUGAGGUUCUGCGAGUUCAGAUUCACGCUAAUUGUCGAAUAAGACGUAUAUAUUUUUGUGAUCGCCUUUAUUCGGACGAAGAGCUGCCUGCAGAGUUCAAAUUAUACCUUCCCGUUCAAGUAAACCGAAACACUUAA